GACCCAGACUAGAGCAUCAGAGACCAGAGCAUAAGAGACCAGAACAUCAGAGACCAGAACAUCAGAGACCAGAGCAUCAGCUAGACUUCUGACACAGAACCAGACCAGAGGUUCAGCUAGACCUCUGACAUAAAACCAGACUAGAGCAUCAGACACUAGAGCAUCAGACACUAGAGCAUCAGACACUAGAGCAUCAGAGACUAGAGCAUCAGAGACCAGAACAUCAGAGAACAUCUCAGACAAUACAAUCUUCAGCAUCUCAACCAUCUCUGAACCAUGAAGACCCUGACUGCUCUACUCCUCCUGGGACUGCUCUGCUCCCUCCAUACGACAUCUGCACAGCCUGUCAUGGGGAUUUCAGCAAUGACUGCCAGAGAAUGCUGUGUGAAGUUCUCCCAGAGGAGGAUCCCUCUUGGUGCAGUGGUUUCAGUUUCUAGAACCUCUAGUAGCUGCCCUCGCCAAGCACUGGUGUUUACAACAAAGAAAGGGAAUCGAUUUUGUGUCGACCAAUCUCAGGCCUGGGUCCAGAGUCAUGUGACCAAGAUUGAGAGCAGAUCGUUGUCUCUGCCAGGACAACGAACCAUGAAGACCCUGACUGCUCUACUCCUCCUGGGACUGCUCUGCUCCCUGCAUACGACGUCUACAGCUGUCAUGGGGAUUUCAUUAAAGACUACCAGAGACUGCUGUGUGAAGUUCUCCCAGAGGAGGAUCCCUCUUGGUGCAGUGGUUUCAGUUUCUAGAACCUCUAGUAGCUGCCCUCAACAAGCACUUGUGUUUACAACAAAGAAAGGGAAUCGAUUUUGUGUCGACCCAUCUCAGGCCUGGGUCCAGAGUUAUGUGACCAAGAUUGAGAGCAGAUCGUUGUCUCUGCCAGGACAACGAUGAUGUCAUCAACCACCGCCACCACAAACUCACUGCCAUAACUGUCAGAUCUGUCAAGAAAAUAAAUAUUGUAUUUUUGUUGGA